ACCUUUUCCUCAUAUCUCUGAAUCUGAUAUCUUCUUUAUGCAAGAGAAAAAUGGCAAGCAGCCAUUCGCCGCCUUCUCCGUCUAAAAGGAACGGGAGCAACUCUAGCAGAAGACAAUACUCAGGAGACAGGAGCAGCAGCGGGUUCUUUAAACUGGGGGAGAUCAGACAGCCCAGAGACGAGGAUUUUGACCAUCUUCUUCGACUGGCGGAAAAUCAUGAGAAAUGGCUACUGAAACACGACAAGAACGGGGUCAGGGUUUGGAUGAGAGAGAUACCAGGACAGACAGUGAAAAUGCUAAAAGUCUACUGUCAUUUCAAAACAAUAACCGGUCAAGUUUUAUAUGACACUCUGCAAGACAGCGACUAUAGAACACAGUGGGACGAAGCACUUCUUGAAGAACAGACAAUUUGUUUAGUCGAAGGAACUAACAGUGACCUCUGCUAUUACUCAAUGAAAUGUCCUAACCCGUUGAGGAAUAGAGAUUUUGUCUAUCAAAGAUGCUGGAAGGUAAUUGAAGGCAAAGAAUAUAUCACAUUUAACCAUUCGGUCGGCCACCAGUCAUUUCCACCUAACAAAGAAUUCAUCAGAGGCGUAUCUAUGGUAACCGGUGUGGUGGUACGAGAAGCAGCUGAAGGUUGUACCGCCUGCUACGUCACUCACUCUGACCCAAGAGGUAAAAUCCCUAAAUGGUUACUGAAUAUUGUAGCAUCCAAGAUAGCACCACGAAUAUUUUUAAAGAUUGCUCAAGCAGCUGAGAAGUACCCGGAAUGGAAAAAAAGAAACAGGCCAGAGCACAGACCAUGGGUCGAUCCUACCAAAUAUGGAGUACCAAUUGUAUCUAUAAGUGAACUCCUUCAAUUCUCUCCUGAUACUAUUCCUCUUACUCCUCGAGCAGGUGAGCCAGAUUAUCUCGGGCCUGAAGAGCAGCUGGAGGAGGACAACGAGACUGUACCUGAUGGUAUAGAGUCAUUCCUAGCUAAUGGAGGGAGCAAGGGUAAGACAGGAAAUGGUGAAAGUAAUGUUGGGGUUAAGAAUACUCCGGAAUAGAGAGGAAUCAUAUAUUAUUAUAAAUUUAUAUAAAUAUAUAUUAUAUUUUUUCGAAAAUUAUACUCAUUAUUAUUAUUAUUAUUAUUAUUAUUAUUUUAUUGACAUUAAUUUGUAUAGCCUCAUACUAUGUUAUUUAUUUCUACUGCCAUGCUUCAUUAUUAUUCAAAUUUAUUAUUAUUUAUAUAUUAUUAUUGUUAUUAUUAUUAUUAUUAUUAUUAUUAUUCAUUUAUACACGUUAAGCACAUUUUCAUAUCUUUCUCCCUAAAUUUUCA